GAUAACAGUUCGUAUUGUCAUUAGUAUUGCGAGCCGGCGGCGGAUAGCGGUCGUGUUUAAUAAAACUCGUGCCGCAUUCAGAGCGAAAAUGCUCAAGUUAAUACGUGGAAUACGCCGCCUCAAGGCGCAGACUCUGCAGUACCACAGCCAAGCGACCGUAAUAGGCAGCGAACCGAACCGGAAUGACCCUUACUACCAGGAGAAUCGGCUUAAAAUGGACGAGUUGGUCGCCGAGCUGAAUGAGAAGACAAGUGAGACUAUAAAGGGGGGCGGGGAGGCGGCGGUGCGGCGGCACGUGGGGAAGGGCAAGCUGCUGGUGCGGGAGCGGGUGGCGCGCCUGGUGGAUGAGGGCAGCGACGUGCUGGAGCUCAGCCCGCUCGCGGCGCACGACAUGUACCGCGGCCAGGUGCCCGGCGCCGGCAUCGUCACCGCCGUCGGCAAGGUGCAGGGCCACGACUGCAUGAUCGUCGCCAACGACGCCACCGUCAAGGGAGGCACCUACUUCCCUAUGACCAUCAAGAAACAUCUGCGCGCGCAACAAAUAGCUCUGGAAUGUCGCCUGCCCUGCAUAUACUUAGUCGACAGCGGCGGCGCUCACUUGCCAGACCAAGCCGAGGUUUUCCCGGACCGAGAGCACUUUGGACGCAUAUUCUUCAACCAGGCGAACAUGUCGGCCGAGGGCAUCCCACAGAUAUCUGUUGUGAUGGGAUCGUGUACCGCGGGAGGCGCCUACAUCCCUAGCAUGUCUGAUGAGAGCAUCAUAAUAAAAAAUCAGGGUACCAUAUUUUUGGCUGGUCCUCCUCUAGUGAAGGCUUCUACUGGAGAGACGGUGUCUGCUGAAAACUUGGGCGGAGCUGACCUGCACUGCCGCCGGUCGGGAGUGACGGAUCAUUACGCAUUAGACGACGAGCAUGCCCUUCACUUGGCAAGAAAUGCUGUUGCUAAUUUGAAUUGGAAUAAAGACCAGUCAGGUAGAAUACAAGCGACCACAGUCGACGAGCCGCUGUUAGAUAUAGACGACUUGCACGGCAUCGUCGGAGCCAACCUUCAACGACCCUUCGACAUCCGAGAAGUAAUAGCCAGAAUAGUCGAUGGAAGCCGGUUCCAUGAAUUCAAACAACUCUACGGUGAAACUCUAGUGUGUGGGUUCGCGUCCCUGUACGGGCAUCCAGUCGGAGUGAUCGGAAACAACGGCGUGUUGCAGUCGGAAGCCGCACUGAAGGGCUCUCAUUUUAUCCAGCUGUGUGCUGCGAGGAAAGUGCCGCUGAUAUUCUUGCAGAACAUCACCGGGUUCAUGGUCGGCAGCGAGGCGGAGGCCGGCGGGAUCGCCAAGAACGGUGCCAAGAUGGUGACAGCAGUGAGCUGCUUCAAGGGUCCCAAGUUGACGGUGCUGGUGGGAGGCAGUUAUGGAGCCGGCAACUACGGAAUGUGUGGUCGCGCGUUUUCACCCAGCUUCCUCUACAUGUGGCCAAACUCCAGGAUAUCUGUUAUGGGCGGUCCUCAGGCUGCCACCGUACUGUCGCUGGUGGCUAAGGACAAGGCAGAAAGAGAGGGAAAAUCGUGGAGUGAGGAGGACGACAAGAGAGUGCGCGGUCCCCUGGAAGCCCAGUUUGAGAAGGAAGGUAGACCGUACUACAGCACAGCCAGGUUGUGGGAUGACGGCAUAGUGGCGCCAAAGAACACUAGGAAAGUGUUAGGCCUCAGUUUAUCAGCUGCCCUGAACGCCCCACACAGAGAAAGCAAGUUUGGUGUUUUCAGAAUGUGAUCUUGGCCGUACAGUAUGAACUUAUUGUGUCAUAGUUACUGGUUGUGAUAACAGCGUUGAUAAGUUGCUUAAAACAGAUUUGUUUUAUUUUCUCAUUAAUUUAUCUUAUCAAUAAGUGCUGUGUUUGUUAGAGCUGUGUUAUUUGGAUGUUUGUUGUCUUUGUUUGACGUGUAUUGUAUGAUAAUAGCUAUUUUUUUCAGCAAAUAAUUAAGGUACUUAUACGAAAAAAACGUUGUAAUCUGAUUGUCUCCUAUCUCAUGUUGCAUAUUAAUAUACACAUAUACAAUGGUUUAUUUUAUUACAA